AUGAGAGUGGCUCGGAGUCUGAACAUGGCCCCACCGAGGAAAAUUCCCCCCCUAACUGCCACCAUUGUUGCCGCCACUGCAACCAAUCCCAGGUUUGAGCAUGAUAAGGGUGGAAAGGUGUCGUAUAUAGGCGAGAAGGCACUUCGUGGGAUUUACCAUGGCUGCAUCAAGAAGAGUGCGGUGAUGAAGGAGAUCUUCUCUCAACAGUUCAUCAGGCCAGCUAAGGUGAGGACGAAAACCGUCGUGGGGGUGGGCGUGAAGAGGGACCACCGUGGCAACCCCAUGUACAACUGGCAGCCACAUGCCAACUGUGAAGCUGCCCUCGCACAUUCUCGCGGUGAUAUUUCUCCAGAGCCCUGCGAUCGGUGCAGGGAGGGUCAAGGCCGGUUCGCCGAGUGUGUGGUGAUGCCGGGCAAGUUCAAAGGUGCCUGUGCGAAUUGUCGGUGGGCGGCAAAAGAUUCGUCGUGUUAUUUCCGAAGGCAGUAG